AUGCUCUCUGAUACCAAGUAUGAUAUUUCACUAUCAAUAAGCAAUCAACUUUCAACAAAAUUGUCUCCUAAAUUGAAAGGAAUAAUAGUGUCCUAAUUAAUCAAGACUUAAUCAAAUCUCACCUUGCAAGAUGCAUUUAUAAGGUAAGCAACUUUCCAAUUUAUUUUAGAUGGUAAGUAAGAACUAACCCUGAAAUAGUGAAGUAAGCAGUUGACAAAAUCCUAUUAAACUCUAAGUUGAAUUAAUUUAACGCCUUCCACAAACUCAAAUUCUUGUUAGGGUAUUAAAAACUAUAAGGUAAAUAGCACAAAACCACCUAAGGAGGCCAGAAUGAAUGCAAGAAAAAAAAAAAAUUUGAGUUUAAUCAAUUUGGCCUUAUUUAUUCAAAAAAAAGAAUUAUAACUCAAAAGAUAGGCUAUUGAAUCAAUUAAACCAACCUCACAAGAUUCAAAUAAAAUGCUUGGCUUAUUGAUUUGGUCAAUAAGUUCAAAGUAUAGAGAAAGAUAUUUACGAGAAAAGUUUAAUUGGUGGAAGUUAAUUGCUAAAAUUAAAUCCAACAAAUUAGAAAAACAAUUAAAAGCAUUAGAAAGAUUAGGAGAUGAAUAUAACAUGAGAAAUGAUAGAUUAGAUAGAUAAAGAUUAAAAGAAGUAUAAUAUAUCUUAAUCAUAAUCAGGCUUUUGAAAUUUGGAGGGGAGACUUAUUGAAUUUCAGACUAAAGAAAAAGUUCUUUGCUGUUUUACUUAAAACCACAUUUGGAAGGCUAUAAAGAUGUUAUACAAGAUGGGUCGAUUUACCUGAUAAAAGAGAAAACGACAUUAAAAAACAAGGAUUAUUAUUAAUUAAUAAAUUAGGAAAUAAAGUGGACUAAAAUAAAAGGUUAGUUUGGAAUGCCUUCAAAGAUAUUCAUGAUGAGGCAAAAAAUAAAAAAACCAAAGUCAUAAGAGAAUUGAUUGAAGUAACAUUCAAUUAAUCUUAUACAGCAUUUUAUAAAUGGGCUAAUUAUAAUACCUAUGCAAAAUUAACUGAAACUAAUCUUAAAAAAAUUAAAUCAUUGAAAUAGAGUGCAAAUGUAACUCACUAAUUAGUCAAACAAGAAACCUUCAAGUUAUUUAAUCUUAGCAAAAAAAUGUAAAUCUGUUCAUUCCUAGACAAAAUUAUUUUGAAAUUGCAACAAAGGUAAAAAUUGGAUGCUUUGAGAUUAAUAGAAAAUUACUGUGUUCAAAAGAAAAUGGAAGAAAAACUCAAUAAUAUAAACAAAUACGACUUAAUAUCUAGAUUAAAAGAUACUGCCAAUAAGACUGAAAAGGGGCUUCUUAAAUAAGUCUUAAGAAAAUUUCAAAUUAAUAGAGAAACAUAUGAGAUUAAAGAUAAAUAUUUCGGUAAGAUUCUCCUAUCUGUUAAUGGAUAAUUGAUUGAUUCAUUUAGAAAAUGGAAAAUAUUGCCCAACCCUGAUGAUAUCAAUAACAUCUAAAAGGUUUCAAAAUUUCAGAUGAAACUCCAACUGUUUGUAACAAAUAAACACAAGUAAGCAUAUGAUCCUUUAAAAUAUCUUUAUUAUGAAGCCUUGUAAAAAAAAAGAUUUUGUAUAAGAUAAUUAUUUUCUGUUACGAUGAGUGCUCCUUAGAGAUAUAUAAAAUAAUGGCAGAAUGUGGCAAGAGUCUAUAAAUCAGUAGUAGCAUGUUAAAAAACGAAUAAUUUAUUCUAUUCUCUAGCUAUGAUAAUACAGUCAAAUCUGCUUACAUUCAUAUAAAACAAAAAAGAUGUAGACAUUAAAGAAAAAUGUAUAUAAAAAAUAUUAGCAUCUCAACAUAGUAAUUUAGCAAUUGCCUUCUUUAGGUGGAAAAGUCAGAAUAAAUAGGACUAAAUUUUGGAGAGAUUGGGAGAUGAAAAAAUGAAGUUUCUCAUAUUAAAUUUAAAGAAAUUCUUAGAAAACGAUAAAAACUAAAGAUUAAGAAGAGCUUUAAAUUNCAUGAGAAAUGAUAGAUUAGAUAGAUAAAGAUUAAAAGAAGUAUAAUAUAUCUUAAUCAUAAUCAGGCUUUUGAAAUUUGGAGGGGAGACUUAUUGAAUUUCAGACUAAAGAAAAAGUUCUUUGCUGUUUUACUUAAAACCACAUUUGGAAGGCUAUAAAGAUGUUAUACAAGAUGGGUCGAUUUACCUGAUAAAAGAGAAAACGACAUUAAAAAACAAGGAUUAUUAUUAAUUAAUAAAUUAGGAAAUAAAGUGGACUAAAAUAAAAGGUUAGUUUGGAAUGCCUUCAAAGAUAUUCAUGAUGAGGCAAAAAAUAAAAAAACCAAAGUCAUAAGAGAAUUGAUUGAAGUAACAUUCAAUUAAUCUUAUACAGCAUUUUAUAAAUGGGCUAAUUAUAAUACCUAUGCAAAAUUAACUGAAACUAAUCUUAAAAAAAUUAAAUCAUUGAAAUAGAGUGCAAAUGUAACUCACUAAUUAGUCAAACAAGAAACCUUCAAGUUAUUUAAUCUUAGCAAAAAAAUGUAAAUCUGUUCAUUCCUAGACAAAAUUAUUUUGAAAUUGCAACAAAGGUAAAAAUUGGAUGCUUUGAGAUUAAUAGAAAAUUACUGUGUUCAAAAGAAAAUGGAAGAAAAACUCAAUAAUAUAAACAAAUACGACUUAAUAUCUAGAUUAAAAGAUACUGCCAAUAAGACUGAAAAGGGGCUUCUUAAAUAAGUCUUAAGAAAAUUUCAAAUUAAUAGAGAAACAUAUGAGAUUAAAGAUAAAUAUUUCGGUAAGAUUCUCCUAUCUGUUAAUGGAUAAUUGAUUGAUUCAUUUAGAAAAUGGAAAAUAUUGCCCAACCCUGAUGAUAUCAAUAACAUCUAAAAGGUUUCAAAAUUUCAGAUGAAACUCCAACUGUUUGUAACAAAUAAACACAAGUAAGCAUAUGAUCCUUUAAAAUAUCUUUAUUAUGAAGCCUUGUAAAAAAAAAGAUUUUGUAUAAGAUAAUUAUUUUCUGUUACGAUGAGUGCUCCUUAGAGAUAUAUAAAAUAAUGGCAGAAUGUGGCAAGAGUCUAUAAAUCAGUAGUAGCAUGUUAAAAAACGAAUAAUUUAUUCUAUUCUCUAGCUAUGAUAAUACAGUCAAAUCUGCUUACAUUCAUAUAAAACAAAAAAGAUGUAGACAUUAAAGAAAAAUGUAUAUAAAAAAUAUUAGCAUCUCAACAUAGUAAUUUAGCAAUUGCCUUCUUUAGGUGGAAAAGUCAGAAUAAAUAGGACUAAAUUUUGGAGAGAUUGGGAGAUGAAAAAAUGAAGUUUCUCAUAUUAAAUUUAAAGAAAUUCUUAGAAAACGAUAAAAACUAAAGAUUAAGAAGAGCUUUAAAUUUAUUUCAUUCGAAUCUUUAGUUAGCAUAAUAAAUAAAGAAAAUUAAUCUUAGAUUAAUGUAGACCUUAAUAGGAUAAGUGAAUACUAGCUUCUAGAAAUGGAGAUAUUUACCUGAAGAUAGAGUAAAUGGAAAAACUGUCAAGGUAAGUAAAUUCAUGAUGUCCCUUGGCAUAGUUGCUUAUAGAUUUGUGAAAGUAAAUUCAUGGAAUAUCUUGGAAGAUUAUCUAUUGGAGGGUUAAGCUAAAAAGAAGUAUUGCAUAAAUAAAAUCUUUUCUGUUGGAUAAAGCGAUUUAAAAACAGCGUUUUUAUCUUGGCAUAGAAGAUCAUGGGAAAUGAAAAUGUUUGAUCAAUUUUCUUAACUGAAUGUUACAUUGAAUGAUGAAAUAAUUAAAUAAAGAUUAGUUAAUUGGAUUAACUCUGGAAAUAAAGUUAAGCAUUAUGCAUUAAUCGAAAUUUUAAAGAGAUUCCAUUAAAAUGGCUAAUCUCAUAAUUUAAGAAGAAAAGCAUUAGCAAUAAUACAUAGAAAUACAAUCUCUUAAGUUUGGAUAUCAUUUAAUAAAUGGAAAUAAAUUCCCGAACUUGAUUAUUCCUAAUUAGCCAAAGGUACUAAAUUUGAAUAAUCAUUUAAUCAUUUCUUAAUUCGUCAAGCUAAGAAAAAGAUUUGGAAUCCAUUAUACGAAAUAUAUGAUGAUGCACUUGCAAUAAGAAAAAGAGCAGUAUUGCUCCUUGUGAAAACAUAAGAAUCAGAACAACAAAAAGCUCUUAGCAAAUGGAAUAAGAACGUAUCUUUGAUUUAGGAAGUUGAGAGAUGCAAAGGUGUUAUAUUACUAUUUAAAUUUGUGGGUGAUUAAAUUUAAUGUAAUUUGUAAAUUAUUUAACCAAAUUAAGAGUCAAGAUUAAAAGAAAAAGCGUUGUUGAAAAUAAUUGGAGGUAAUUAUGAUUUCAUAAGAUAUUUUUUUAUCAGAUGGACAAAUUAUUUAAAAUUUGAAAGAAUAUAAGCAAUAGUAGGAGAGAAAAAAGAAUUUCUAAUCCGCUAGAUUGGAUUUUUUUAUAGAAAUAACAUGAAAUCUAAAUUAAGAUUGGCAUUGUCUAAAUUCAAAAGAAAUUCAGUUCUUAGUGCAGUUUAACAGAAGUUUUUUUCAAGAUUAUUUUCUACCAAGUUUGGAGGAGCAAUCGUAGCUUUUUAGAAAUGGAAAAAUCUUCCUGAAAUUUAAAAUUAUGAAAAUGUAAAAAAGGGAAGAAGAUUAGAAAAACUACUGGAAAACCUUUAUAGAGGCAGAAUCAAAUUAUCAUAUGAACCAUUAAAAGAUGAGUAUUAAGAAGCUAUGAAUAAGAAGAUGCAUUGUAUUAGAAAAUUAAUCAUCUUAGGAAUGGGAUUAAAUAAGAGAUUGUUUUUAUAAUGGAGAAAUACAAAUAGAUUAUUGAAAUCAAUUGAAACUUGUAAGUAAACCACAAAUUUCUUUUAAACUCUUGCAUUUACAUUAUCUGGAAAUGUCUAAGUCAUUUUUAAGACCAAUCAAAUUUAAGAGAGACUCUUUGACAAAAUGUUCUCUUAAUAUAACAAUUUAUUAAGAUGGGCAUUCAUUAAAUGGAAUAAUUAAGCUAAAUCAGAAAAGAUUGCCUCGUAGAUGGAUGUAGAGAAACGAAAGUUUUUGUUGUUUGCUCUUUAAAGAAAUUUGAAACAUAAUCAAAAUGGAUAAUUAAGGGAUAUAUUGAGAAAAUUUAAUGAUGGACGAAAUAGAAUAUAUUUAAUUAAAAAAAUAUAAUUGAAGUUUUUACAUACAUUAGCAGGUUAGGCUGAAACCUCAUUUUUUAAAUGGAAACAAUUACCUGAUCCUUCUAAUUUAAAGCAAGCAUCAAUAUUUGAAUAAAAAUUACAUUUUUUUAAGUUGUAAGUUUUAAGAAAGAGUAGUUUUAAAUAUUUACAAAACAUAUAUUAGGACGGAUAAGCCAAAUAAAAAUAUUCAAUCAAAAAGUUGUUAUUUAAUUGUAUGAGUGCAGAAAAGAAGGCAUUCUUAGAAUGGAAUAAAGUAAGUGAAUUGUAAAGGACAGAAGAGAGAGCCAGUAAAGUUUUUAGUUUCUUCGGUUCAAUAAAUAAAAUUCAAUCAAAUCAUAUGUACUUCUUCUUUGAGGAUUAGAUUAAAGAAUUAAAAAAGUAAGAAGAACUAGUUCGAUUAUUAAAAGAAUGGGAAGAAAUGUUCAAAGAUUCUUAUUAGAAAUGGAAAUAAACUCAAGCUAAAUUAGAUUUAUUGGCCAGCCAAAAUAGGUAGAAGUAAAAAUUUUCUAUCAUUGAAAUACUAAAAGAUUAUAUUUAAAAUAAAAAGAAUUACAAUUUAAGAUUGAUUUUGAGAAAAUUCAGUAAUUAAAAUUAGAAUCAAAAGGCAGUUAAUAAAUUUUUAUUGGGAAUAUCAAAUUCCUCAAUCGGCUAAUUACAUAAUUCAUUUUAAAUGUGGAGAAGAUUACCUGAGCCUUAGAAAACUAAAUAAGGAUAUAUAUUUGAAAAGAAAAUGUUUGGUUUAUUUAGAAGACAACUCUUAAAAUCAUUCGAUAGUCUACAAGAUCUUUACUUUUACGCAUUAAACAAAAAGAGAAGAGUUGUAUUAAUAUUGGUAAGAACCACAAAAUCAUAAUUAUAAUAAUCAGUACAAAGAUGGCGUGAAGCAAAAAAUUAAAUGAAUUAAAAAGAAAUACAGAAUGUAUAAGAAAAUAGAAAGUUAGCAAUAUAAUUGUUUUAUUAACAUAAAAUGAAUUAGUUGAAUGUUGCGUUUAUUGAAUGGAGAGAUACUAUUAGAAUACACACAAAUAAAUAAGAAAAUAAGAUUCAAAAAGAAGAAAGAUUGAAAAGAGAAGCUAUUUUAUUGUUUCAAAAUCAUGCUUAUGUGAGGCUAAGAGUUUAUUUCACUUAAUGGAAGAUAAGGGCAGUCAAAAGAAAUAUGAUAUAGAUUUGCUAGGCAAUCUAAAGAAUGAUUUAAUUAAAUAGAUUUGCUGAAAAAGCCAUUAAGAAAUAUGUUAUGGAUAUUUGGAAGGGGCAGCCUUCGCAGAAUAAGUGGUUUAAGAGAGUAGCUGAUAUUAUAGCCAAGAAUUCAAGAAUUAGUAAGCAAGUAGCUUAUUGGAGAAUGAGAGACAAUAGCUUAAACUAAAAAGCUGUUGGGUUAUCUACUUAAUAAAUUAUUAAAUGCAAGAAGCUUUUCAAUAAUUUAUUUAAAGCUUUUGAUAGAAUCAAGCAAAGAGCAUUUACUCAUUUAGAACAUUAUGGUAAAGGUAUUCCAGAUGAUACUUCAUUCUAACCUUCACACUCUAGUUUCCUUCAAUAGACUCCAAUUAAGGAAGCUUUCUUUAAAUCAGAUUUCGAUUCAAUCAUCUAAAAGAAUGGUCAAAAGAUGGCCCUUAAUACUAUUUCAAGGGUCUUUAAAGGAUAUUUCAAAUAGAGAUUUAUUGAAUUUAUGAUUGAAUUGGAUGAUUAGAAACAAAAAAGUCUGUCUACUCCAUAAAAAAAGGGAGCAGAGAAAUUGUAUGCAAUUCUGGAGCAAAACUUGAAAUUGAAGCAAUAGGUCAUUUGUUAUUAAAUAUCAUAAGUAAUUAUAAAUAGAAUUAAUCUAGGUUAAUGAAUAAGGAGUUUUGAAUUAGAUUAAUGAAAUUAUUAAUUAUUAGCAAUCAACUUAAAGUGCAAGUAGGUUAGAAUUAAGCUAAAUAAAGGAGUAGUAAAUAAAAAUAAAUGAUUAAGACAGAAUGAUAGAGGAUUUGCAAGAAAAAUUAAGAUGUAUGGCAAUUCACAGGUUUAAUUUCAUUAUAGAUCUUUUAGAUUAGUCAAAGCCUUAGAAAAAUGUGAAGAUCAUUUUAUUGAAGAUGCAUUUUUUGCCAUUUUUGAAUACUAACUUAAAUGAAUAAUUAU